GACUGGCUUCUCCAUGAUGGUUCAUGGACUAAGGCAAAGAUGAGCAGAGCCGUGGCCCUCUUCUUUGUUGUCUGCUGGAUCCAAGAUGAAAUUCUGCUGCAAGUGUUUUCCAAGGUUCCGUAUGACCCAUUGUUUGAUGAAACAAGAACAGCAGUCAGAUCCAUUACAAAGAGAGACACACAAAAAAGCUAUUCCCAACAAAAGAGCUUGAACAAUGCUGCAUUUGCAUCAGGUUCAAAUGAGCAAGAGGAACGUUUGGCUAAAAUAUUUGAUGAAAUUCUACUGCAGGUGUUUCCAAAGGUUCCAUAUGACUCAUCAUUUAACGAAACAACAGCAGUCAGAUCCAUUACAAAAACAGACAUGAGAAAAGGAACCAGUGUUGCUUGGAAUUCUCCUAAACCAGAAUAUUUCCUUGGCAGUGUGGACAAAAUUCCCGAUAAAGAUCACCUUUCAGAGGAGAAGAGGUUUAAAGAAUCCUCUCUGUCCGACAGGGAUUUAAGAGAGCAGUUAACUACUGUAGAUAAAGAAACACCUCAAGGAGCAGCUAAACCAGAUGCUCACUUUAGGACUAUGUCCUGCGGGCAGCUUUUGCACUUCCUGCAGAGGAACACCAUCAUCGCUGCCGUCUCAGGGGUGGCCAUCCUCAUGGCCACUGUGCUGUUGCUGCUUGGGUUGGCCUCAUACAUCAGGAAGAAACAGCCUUCAUCUCCUCCGGCAAACACGACAUAUAAUAUUUUUAUAAUGGAUGGAAAGACAUGGUGGCAAAAUUCUGAAGAAAAAAAUUUCACAAAAUAUGCAAAAAAACAGAAACAGUUGACGAGCGGCUCCUGUGUCUAAGCCAGGUCGUGGGGCAGUCAAACCAGGACUUGAAACCACGAUGCGAGGACAUUCUCCAUCCGCACACCACAGGGAGGCAAUUCCAUUUCUGCUCGGGAGGUGUAUUCUACAAAAACGUCUGCUUCCCAUCCCAAUUUGAAUGGACCAAGAAAAACUGCUUUACCAUAGGACACUUGUGGCAAUGUGGCACCGAUGGCCGGCGUCGGCGAACCCAACAGACUAUGGACUUAUCGUUUAAUAAAGCAUUGAUUCAUUUAUUCAGUCA